GGCGCAACUGCAUCACGAGCAGUCCUCCCACCAGCAGCAGCAGCAGCAGCAACAGCAGCCGCCUCCCCAGUACCACCCGCACCACCUGCACGCCCACGCCUUGCCCCACCAGCAGCAGCAGCAGCAACAGCAACAGCUGCACGGGGCCGAUCCCGACGACGACGAGGAGGAGGCGGAGCAGGUCCGUCUGGAACAGGUCCGCCGCAAGCAGAACGCCCAGCUCAGCCUGGUCGAGUCAUUCCUGACCACCACCGCACAGCGGCUGAGUGCACAACAGCAGGUGCAGCAGGUGGUGGCCGCCGCCGCGGCCGUCUCGGCGAUGGCGGGGGCCGGGGACGAUCCCGCCAAGCUGGGGCACAUGAUGGUCGGCCACAUGGGCGUUGGCGUGGGCAUGGACGAUGAGGAUGACGAUGACGAGGAGGAGGAAGAUGGCAGCUCGGCCAACCAUCCGCCCGGCGGUAGCCAUCCCCAUCAGCAGCAUCAUCCGCACGGCGCCCAUCCGCACUCGCACUCGCAGUCACACUCCCAUCCGCAUACGCAUCCGCACUCCCACUCGCAUGCCCAUCCGCAUCACGCCCAUGCCCAUGCCCAUGCCCACAGCCACGCCCACAGCCACCAGCACUCGCAGCAGGGGGCAGGGGGACAGCAGCAGCAGCAGCCCCACGGGGAUCCCAGUGCCUCGUACCGCCAUGCGGCGGCCAUGAACGCCGUGGCCCUCGGACAGAAUCUGGUUGUUACCAAGGGCAGCAAAAAGUGGAUCGGUGCCGAUGACCGGCAUCUGGGCGACGUGACCAGCGACGUGCCCGGCAACGAGUCCGGACCGGGCUCUGGCCAGCUCCCCGGCAACGCCGGUCCCGGCCAGGACCUCGGCUUUGCGGUGCCCCCCAGUUCCGUGGACGAGCACAGCAAACUGCUCGGCCAGAACCGUGACUUCCUCGCCCGCCUCAUGAGCACGGCCAGCGCCAGUCACGCCCACGCCCAUGCUCAUGCCCAUGCCCACACCCACCAGCAUCAGCACCAACACCAGCAGCAGCAGCACAGCGCCCAUAGCCGGGAGGAGGACGAGAACAGCUCCUUCCUGGAUGUCGUCGAGUCGGCCAACAACAAUGCGGCCGCGGCAGCCGCUGCAGCGGCUGCCAUGUCCCAGUACCAUCACAAUGCGGCGGCCAAUGGUGGAACGGGCGGAUCGGGUGGGCCAGGUGGCGGCGGCGGAGCCAGUGGCGGCCAUACUCCCACGGGUCCGGCCACUGGCGGCGGAUCGGUAACCUCCACCGGCGACGGCCCCGGCCAAAUGCAGAUGAACUCCCUGGCGCAUCCCCAGUCCUUCAUGAGCUCCUUCUACAACAACGCGAACGCAAGACUGACCGGAGCCGGAGUGGGCGUGGGCGUGGGCGGGGGCUCCUCGUCCGCCAGCAUGCUGGUGGAGGCGGCCCUCAACUCCGUUGGCAAUAUGAUUGACAGCGAGAGCAGCGACCUGAAGGUACCCACCGAUAACCACAUCAACAGCGACAGUCCCAUGAGCGCCCAUGUGGACGCCGAGGCCCAGCGCUUUGGGGCUGGCAGCGCCGGCGGCGGAGUGGGCGGACCUAAUGGCGGCGGCGGCGGCGGUGGUGGUAGCAGUGGAGGAUCGUCGAGCGCCGCCAAUGGAACGGGCAUUGGGGGAGCCAUGGACAACCUGGAGAACGAGCUGAAGAUGAUGAAGAACUUGGGCAGCUUCCCCAUGCAAAUACCGCCACUUCCGAUGUUCCAGGGAGCCUGCAACAUCUCGCCCAGCGCCUCGACGCCAACCAAUCCGCAGAGCAACCAGAACCAGAACGAUGUGGACGUGGAUGCGGGCAGCACACCCCGACCGCAGCAUCCCGACUCCGAUGGCUUCUCUUCGUCGCACCAUCGCACGCCGCCCUCGCCGCCGCCCAUCUCUCCGGGCCGGGACUACGGUGGCAUGUUCGGCUCUGGGAAUGGUGCUGGUGGUCCAGGGUCCAAUAGCACGCCAGCGGGCAGCUCCAGUGCUGGCGGAGGCGGCGGUGGUGGUGGAGCCGGCGGUGGGGCCAACAGCAUGUCAGCCUCGUCCCCGCUGCCUGCCCUGCAGCCACAGCGACGCAAUGCGUCGAGCGUGGGCAGCACAUAUCCGGAGCACGAGCUCAUCUCGCCGGCCUCCUCCCCUAGCAUUCCGCGCUACAACUUCAACGGGGACAUGAUGCGCCACAAGCGGGCGGUGCAGGAGCAGGACCAGCACGAGCAACGCCAGCGGCACAACCUCUCGCGUCACAAUCAAAUGUCCAGCGACGAGGAGAACAGCAUCAUGCCGCAGAACAGCAGCGCGGGCCAGGAUAUGCGCAUGAAGUUCCCCCAGUCGCAGAUCGAUCUCAUGUACUCCAAGUACGAGAGCAUGGCCAGCAACCUGAAGUACAACAGCCAGGAGCUCGACUCGCCGGCGGAGUAUCGCCAGAGCAGCAACAGCAAUGCGGCGAGUGCGGCGGCGGCUGCUGCCGUGGCGGCGAGUGCGGCCAACGAUCUGUCCGAUCUGCAGGGCCUGGACAUGAGCUCAAGAUCGAAUGCGUCGAGCAACUAUCACCACAACUUCCAGCUGCCAAGCAGUCGCUACCAUCACCACAUCUACGACAUUCUGUCGGACAGGGAGCAGAGCCAGCAGGCGCAGGCCCAGGCCCAGGCGCAGGCACAGCAGGCAACGGGUGCAUCGGUGGUGCACCAGCAGGAGCACGGACACGGCAGCCAGCUGGCCAUGCAGCAACACCAGUCGGCGGCGGCCAUGCACAACAUGCUGAGCGAGCAGCUGGGCGAGCAGGAGCACGACCAGACCACCUCCGUGGACCUGAGCCGCACGGCCAACUAUGUGGUGUCGUCGCCGCCACAGCUGCCCUACAACCAUCCGCAUCACGACAUGCUGCGAAUGGCCUCGCUGGACCUCACACCGAACACGGCCAACAUGGCCGUGGGCAACAAUCGGUCGUUCCUCUCCUCGCAGAUGCAGCACCAGAGCCGCGACAGUCUCGAGCAUCACCGCCUGCUCUCUACGGUGGAGCAGCAUCGAAUUCUGGCCGCCUCAAAUGCCGCCGACCAGCACCGCCUGCUGGUCGACCCCACCGCCCAUCUGCUGAUGGAACAGAACAAUCGCCUGCUGGGCACAGCAGACCAGUCCCGCCUCCUGGGCGAGUCGGCGGCGGCAGUGGCCCAGAAUCGGCACAUGGCCCGCAGCUUUGGGGCCUACCACCAGGUGGCAUCGAGCAACUACCAUCCGGGCGUACGACCGCCGCCUGUGCUGCCGUCGGCCAAUCAUCAUGCCUCGAAUCCGUCUAACUAUCACCCGUUCCCCGCCUACUACUAGAGGCGUGAGGGAGGGGACGGGUAGACUAUGACUAUAUCCUGGGGCCGUGACAAGAGUGCAAUACCUAGAAGGGAUCUGUAGGAGCGGAAGCGGAAGCGGGAGUGGGAGUGGGAGCUCCAUUUCACGUAGUUCAAUUUGAAGCGCAACAAUAACUUUAGUUCCUCCAUAUAUUCCAUAUUCUCCUCCGAAGAUCUCCAUGCCCAUCAUCCGUUCGAGCUCCGAUUUCAAAGCGUGCCAAUCUUUUUAAGUGUUUAGAUCUGUUUAGAAUUGUGUGUGUUUCCCAAAUCUGAUUUUAACACACACACAAAACACACAC